GUCAAUAUGAGAUCUUUUAUUGUCGUCCUGUUGUUUGCUGCUGCAGUCAGAGCUCAAAGUCUGAAAGAUCAUUGCAAGGGCAUUCAAUAUGAUCUAAUACCACAUCCGGAUACCAAUGAGAAAUUCAUUGUAUGCGCCUAUGAUUCGGCCGAAGUGCGUACCUGUGACAAGGAAGAUCAGGUGCAGAAGUGUUUCGAUCCCAUCGACAAGGUCUGCAGCGUUGCUGCUUGCACGGCGCCCAAGCCCGUAGACGAGGACAUUGCCAAGGAGAUAUGCGAGAAAUUGGGUACAUCGGAGCGUAUACCGUCUGUCGAUUGCGGCCACUUCUGGAUCUGCCUAGCGCACAUGGAGCCCGUCUAUGUUAGCUGUCCACAGGGCAAGCACUUCUCGCGCUCCGAGCAGGAUUGCAUUUCGCCAGCCCUGGCCAAGUGCGCGGCCCCUGAGAAACUGUGCGCGUCCAACCUCAACAGCUACGCAGCCGAAAACUGCAAUGAAUUUUAUGGUUGUGCCAGCAAGAAGCUGGUGAAACGCAGCUGCGCCUAUGGCGAGGCCUACAAUGCGCUCACCGCAUCCUGCGAAAAGGACGUCAAGAAUAGCUGUGGAGCCUACAGCAAGCCAGACUGCACAGACCCAGCCAAUGCCAAUGCCUAUUUCGCUCACAAUGACUGUUCGCGAUUCUACAUUUGCGUAUUGAAUCAAGUCUACGAGGGAAAAUGCGCAGAUGGCUAUGGAUUCGAUAGCUUAAGUUCCAAUUGCAAGUACGGCCUCUGCUAAG